AUGGACGUGGACUACGAUGACGAGGUUGCCGAGGAGGGUGCACGCCCUGCCGGGCGACGCAUGAAGGGCCGCGGCGGUGAGGAGGACGAUCGUUAUGCGGGCAAGGCCGGAAAGUUCGAGAGGCUAGACGAUGACGAUGACGAGACAGGGGCCGCGCGAUCCAUCGAGGGCUGGGUCGUAAUUGUGUCUGGCGUCCACGAGGAGGCACAGGAAGACGACAUAUUCGAGGCCUUUUCGGAGUACGGAGACAUUAAGAACUUGCACCUCAACCUGGAUCGCCGCACCGGCUUCGUCAAGGGCUACGCCUUCAUUGAAUACGAGAACAAGCAAGAAGCAGAUGCAGCCAUCAAGGCCAUGGAUGGCAACACGCUCUUGGACCACAAGCUAGACGUUAGCUGGGCUUUUUCCAAGCCGGGCAGCAAGAAGAAGCGCCGAUGA